AUGGAUGCUGAAGCAAGUGGUACCCAGAAUCAAGAAGAAAAGCUCCCACUCCUGAGCAAUGCAGAGAUUCCGGAGGCAGAGAGGAACCAGAUUCAGAAAGCCAUUAGCCAGACAUUUGAGAGCACAGCAAACUUGGCAAACCUUCUACCUACUGGCACUGUCCUUGCUUUCCGUCUUCUGUCUCCAAUCUUCACAAACGAGGGCAGCUGCGACUUGGUCAGCAAGACCAUGACUGCUGUACUUGUAGCUAUCUGUGGUGCCUUAUGCAUCUUGCUAUGCUUCACAGAUAGCAUAAAAGACAGCAAGGGGAACAUCUGUUAUGGGUUUGCCACAUUUUCAGGCCUGUGGCUUAUCGAUGGAUCAACCACACUUCCACCAGAAUUUGCUGCUAAAUAUAAACUGCGGUUUAUAGAUUUCAUGCAUGCAGCUGUAUCAGCUUUGGUGUUUGCAGCAAUUGCAUUAUUUGAUCAGAAUGUAGUAAGUUGCUUCUUUCCAGAGCCAUCUCUAGAGACAGAGGAAAUCCUCACAGUAUUGCCUGUGGGCAUUGGCAUUUUCUGCAGCAUUUUCUUUGUUGUAUUUCCUACAAAGAGACAUGGAAUUGGCUUCCCACUUUCAACAAGUUAA